AUGUUAGCUAAAAUUUUGGUUUGUGCUAUUGCUGUGACGGCGUGCUACAGCCAGGAGCAUAUCUACAAGUACAGACCAGUUCAACAGGAACAACAAAAGGAAUACAGAUAUCCUUCAGUGCACAAGACCCUUGGACUUGUUAACCAGGAACCAGCACCUAUUCAUGAAGAUGAUCAAAGCGCAUCUAUCCAUGUCCCUGCAUCUUCGCAAGUCCAACAUGAGCCAGCGGUUUCCUCUCAGAGCAUCCUUCAUUAUCAACCAGUCCAUGAGGAGUCUCAAUCCCAAGAGUCCUAUGGAGAACAGAAUGAGCAGCCAAUAGUUUACAAGCAGUAUUAUCAAGGACACGAGCAAGUUAAACUUCAACAGGCUGCACAUGCUAAGAAUAAUCCUCAAUCAUUGCAUUAUCCCAGUGUAUCUCAUGAGGCUCAAUCUGCACCAGCUCGUGAAGAAACCCACUAUAUUCGUGUACCAGCUCACCGUUACCAAUAUGCUCAAGAAUCUGAGCACCAAGCGCCAGCUCAUCACCAAAUUGAAGCUCAUUCUCACGAUGAGCCAAUUGACUAUUAUGCUUACCCUAAAUACCAGUACGAAUAUAAAGUUGAGGAUCCGCACACCGGAGACAACAAGUUCCAACACGAGGUCCGUGAUGGUGACAACGUAAAGGGUGUAUACUCUCUGCACGAAGCCGAUGGUUCCAUUAGAACUGUUGAAUACACCUCGGAUAAACACCACGGAUUUAACGCCAUUGUUAAGCACUCAUCACCUGGACAACACGUUCAUAUUGAAAGUCAUCAUGAAAAUUAA